AAAGGCUAGUAUGAAAAAAGUUAAGAAUAUGCUAAUCUACCUAUGUAUGUAUUUGUACACAUACGCAGAUACGUGCUGCGUGCAUAUAUAAAUAGAGAUGGUAAAGAUUGCCUGUCUCCUAUUGGUGAAGGGGACAGAGAAGAAGAAUUACCAUGUCCACGGCUCCGGUGAAGCCACUAACUCCGGUUCGCUUACAUCCUAUUCGCCAGAACCUCACUAGUACGACGACUUUGAAAUCUCAGGCAAUGCUCACCGCCGUUCCGAGCAAGCAUAUUAUCGGGUGUUCUACUUAUAAUAGAUGCUUUGAAUUUAAAUCUUGGAGCCAAAUGAGAAAUCCAGCGUUUUUAAGCCACCGUCGGCGAGUUAGCACGGUGGUGGCUUCGGCGGGAAACAUGACUGCACCGUCGUCUUGGGAGUCUUGGAUGCCAGAUAAGAAGGCGGCGGCAACAACUCUAUUGCUGAGUGAUGUCAUUUGGCCCGCAGCUGGAGCGUUUGCGGCGAUGGCAAUAUUGGGAAGAAUGGAUCAAAUGUUAUCUCCAAAAGGGAUCACAAUGUCAGUUGCACCACUUGGUGCGGUCUGCGCCAUUCUUUUCACCACUCCAUCUGCUCCUGCUGCUCGGAAAUACAAUAUGUUUUUAGCUCAAAUAGCCUGUGCUGCGAUUGGAGUGGUAGCGUUCUCCGUAUUCGGUCCAGGUUGGCUCGCCCGGAGUGUUGCCCUCGCCGCUUCUAUCGCUUUUAUGGUCAUUGCUCGUGCCAAUCACCCUCCUGCGGCGAGCCUACCACUAAUGUUCAUAGAUGGAGCAAAGUUUCAUGACUUGAAUUUAUGGUACGCAUUGUUCCCAGGGGCAGCCGCAUGUGUCAUUCUAUGCCUGCUCCAAUCGAUCAUAUGCUACUUGAAGGAAAACAUAAAAUUUUGAUGAAUCCUCAAGCGACACAUAUGGUCGAAUGAUAUAUAUAAAUAAAUGUACAAAUACACAUAUUGAUGGAACCAUUGUGAAUGUAUUUGAUUCAUCUAUGUAUACCCUUGUACGUAUCAAUACGUUCAUUCAGAAUAUGAAGUUCACUUUCUUUCUUUUUA